CUUUAUAUUAAGUUUUAUUACUAAUUAAUUUAAUAGAAAUGGCCUGGGAAUGGUUAUAAUUAAUUUUCUAAGAAGUGAACUCUUUAUAAAUUGCUUUUUAUAGAGAUGUAGACAUUUUUAAACUUGAAAAGUAAUUGAAAUAAAUGGUAAACAAAAAGGAUGGCAGAGCAUUGUUAUAUUUGUAAUAAGCAAGAUGGAGGGGUGGAGAAAACAAAGAUUAACAUAUUUGAAACCAAGACACCUAUGUCAGGAAGUAAAAUAUUUGAGCUGUUAUUAGAAAUAUCAGGAAAGGAUGUGCCACAGGAAUGUAAGGAAAAGAAUAAUUUGUGCGCAAAAUGCUAUAAAUCACUUCUCGAAUAUGAUUAUCUGCUUGCUAGGCUUAACGAAAUGAAAACAUCAAUUCGCGAAAACAUACAUAAAUCGGAACAGUUGCGAAACAUCAAAAAGGAAUUGAUAGUAGACGACGCAAAAGCAAAAGAGAAAAGUAAUAUAAAGCUAGUGUUGCCCGCGUCAAAAUUGCAGCCUCUGCCGCCCGGGUUCGAUUUGAGAGUUCAAACUUCGACCAGUUGGAGUAAUGUGUCUACUACAAAUGUCCCCAAAAGUAUGCCGUCAAUAUCAAGUUUACCGAACUUAACAGAAACCACAGACGCAUCAGAAACAACAUCAACAAUUAAAACAGAAAUGGAUAUAAAUCAAUUAUCAAGCAUACCAAGAGUGAUUAUAGAACGUGAGACGAUCGCAACACUAUUAAAUAAAGGCAAUUUCACCCUAAAUGGUAUAGCCAAGGGCUAUGUUAGAGUGACGAAUGAACAAAAAGACGAGGAAAACCCUGAAGAGAAACCUAUGGAGAUUGAUGAAGACGCGGUUGUAAUAGCGAGUGAAAAUGGUCCCAUAAUAGGUGUGGUGUCGGGGCAAAAGUUUAUAUACGGAGAUAACGAGAUAUCAUUGGUUGUGCCCCAUGAUAACGAUAGCUUGGACAAUAACGACGAUCAAGAUUCAAACUCAGAAUCGCACAUAGAGUUGCAAAUGUCAGGCGAUGAAGAAACAGCUAAUGCUAUCAUAGCCGCUGCUAAUGAACAAGGUGCCUUCAUAAAAGUGGAUUCCGGUGAAAUGUAUGAAGUGAAAUCUGUUGAGAGUAAAAUAGGAGAUAGCAGCCCUAGUAGCGAGAUGCCAAUACAAAUGGUGGAACAGGAGGGUGAUAAAUUUAAAUGUCUGCUGUGCGAGAAAAGUGCCAAAGCAGAUUCCGAGCCAGAAUUAUUAGAUGAUGCAGUCGCAACGAUGAAACACUUGAAAUCAGUGCACGGAGCGAGAUUGUACAUAUGUCAGUGUGGUGUUAUGUUGAGACGGAGGGCUGAUUAUGUGCAGCAUAUUGAACAACACGCGGAGAAAUCAAAUCAAAUUGUACAACCUGCUGACAAGAGCAAAACCCAUGAAUGUAACGUGUGUAAGAAGAAAUUCAGUUCACGGUUACUGCUAAACGAACACACAAACACACACACAGGCAAGCGUCCGUACACUUGUGAAAUUUGCAACAAGUCCUUUGCGUCGAGAUAUACGCAGCAGUCACAUUUGAAAACUCAUCUUGAACGUCCACGUCCAUUCAAAUGCAAUCAGUGUGGAAAAUCGUUUUUCACACAACACAAUUUACAUCAUCACGAGAAGAUACAUUCUGCCACUAAAGAUUUCGUGUGCAAUGUUUGUGGAAAAGCGUUCGGCACACAACACAAUCUAGAAGUACACGGUGUAGUACAUUCAGGCAAGAAGCCGUUCGUCUGUACGGUUUGUGAAAAGGCAUUCGCCAGACGGGCUGAGGUUAGAGACCAUAUGCGUAUACAUACUGGCGAGCGUCCGUUCGAGUGCGAGACGUGCGGGGCCCGCUUCUCGCAGCGCUCGAACCUGCACUCGCACCGGCGCGCCACGCACUUGGACGACAAGCGGCACCAGUGUACACACUGCCCUAAACGGUUCAAGCGGCGCCGUUUGCUAGACUACCACAUAAAGUCGAGUCACACAGGCGAGAGGCCGCUCAAGUGCGAAGUGUGCGCCGCUACAUUCGUGUAUCCGGAGCAUUAUAAGAAACAUAUAAGGAUACAUAGCGGCGAGAAACCGUACAUUUGUGAGGUGUGCGGCAAGGGCUUCAACUCGCGCGACAACCGCAACAUGCACCGCUUCGUGCACUCGGACCGCAAGCCGUACGAGUGUGUGGCGUGUGGGGCCGGCUUCAUGCGGCGGCACCUGCUCACACACCACAUGCACACCGCCGGCCACGUGUCGGAGUCGAUCGUCAUCAACCAACCGCGAAUUAGCAAACUUGAAGAUAAUGAAAUUAAAACGCAAUCUGUCAUCGUGCGGGAUAAAAAGAAAGACGAUAAACUUAUGGAAACCAUUUACGAAUCGGCAGAUGUUUUAGAACUCGAUUCUGCAGAGAAAGUUGUUGAAUUGGAAGGGGAAGACAAUAUAACAAAAUAUGUAAUAAGUACGGAUAAAAAGUUCAUGAUGUCUGAUGGAAAAUCAUUGAACUUGGUGCCUGAAGUUGAAGGUGAAGAAACAGCCUUGCUAACUAUACAGCAAUUGGAAGGUAUUGAAAAAAUAGAAGGAACUGUUUUGGAGAAUAUCACAGCAGAACAACUGGAACAAGCCCAUAUACUAAGCGACGGCAACAACACAGUUCGUUUGAUUCAAAUACAACUAGCGGAUGGGAACAGCGGUUGGGUAGCUGUCAGUCAAUAGACGAACAUACAUACAAACUUUUACCUUUUAGUGUAAUUUAACAUGUAAUAAUUGUAAUAACCAAAUAUGUAUUGGAAAGUUCUUUGAUUUUAACUUUUCAAGCAAUAAUGUAUUAUUAUCAAUUUUAACUUAAAUUUUUCGUUAACUAUGAUGUAAAUAAUUAAAUCAAUUAAUUUGUCAGAUGUAUUUCACUUUUGUGUUAAACGGUCUUUUACAUUUGUUGAAACUGUAAUAUAUGCUUAGUUGUAAGUUAGUGUAAAUAAAGUUGUAUUUUUGUA